AUGCCCCCCUUCACAGACACCACCCUCUUCCCGGCCUUCUACGAGCUGCCCACCCCCACCCGCAGCGACAUCACCACCGCCGACGACACCACAUCAUGGUACCUACUAGCACAAAUCAAGGAGAACAUGACGGUCACAAAGCCGACGCUGAUCUGCACGGACCGGCGGGGGAUGGACUUCGCCAUCACGUUCGAGGACACGGCGAUGAGCCUGCGGGGCUACCGGAAGGGGCACACGCUGGUGGUGCGGCGGGCUACACGCACGGAGCGCGGGCAGGGGAAGAAGGCUGUUGUCAGGGUCGAGGCUGGGCGGAGCGGGGAUGCGAAGGUGAGUGAUACCAGGUGGUCUGGAGCAGGUCUUCGAGCUGGCUUCUUGCUGGAUAGGGAGGGCGUGGGCGAGAAGUGUGCGGCGUGUGGGAAGACGGAGGGCGCGUUGAUGAAAUGCACCGGGUGCGGGAUCGCUGCUUACUGCAGCAAGGCUUGUCAAGCGAAGGGCUGGAGCGAAAUGCUACAUAAGUCGAAUUGCAAGGUGUUGGAGUCGAUCAAGGAGAUAUGGGGUUGA